AAGGUUGCCAAUUGUCAUUUAUCAACGUGACAACAGUAACCUCAAUGUUUAUUGUUUUGUAUCUGUUUACGAUCAAAAUGUGAAGUAAAUCCACGACUUAUCUGUAAUCCUUCGAUAUUAAUCGCAAAUCUCUGCAUCGAUUUUAUUAGUCCCGUUUGACAAAUAAUGUUGGUGACGUAUUUGUGAAUUUACGAUCUACAUCAAGAGUCAAGAUUAGAAAGUUCUGUUUCAACUUUCAUUUAGUUAACAAGAUGAAAAUGUCGCAGAAAACAGAAAAACUUAAUUCAACGGUUUACAUCAUUUUCAUAUCUCUUUUAUUGGAUUUGUUGGCUUUUACCAUGAUACUUCCCUUAUUACCAUCUCUAUUGGAGUAUUAUAAAACGAACGACAAUACGGGGUUAUAUUCAUGGUUAUCGAGAAGAAUUUUCUAUUUCCAAGAGUUAGUAGGAGCCCCUGAAAAAUUUAACACGGUUCUUUUUGGUGGCUUUUUGGGUUCCAUGUUCAGUUUUCUACAGUUUGUGGUGUCACCAAUUGUGGGAGGAGUUUCGGAUGCAAUAGGCCGGAAAAAAGUCAUGAUUGUUUGUUUGACUGGAAUCGCGAUAUCGUACAUACUCUGGGCGUUGUCCAAUAAUUUGGUUUUAUUUAUUCUGGCGCGAUUUAUUGGAGGGAUCAGUAAAGGCAACGUUUCAUUAAGUAUGGCGAUAAUAACCGACGUUUCUUCCAUAAGAACACGAGGGAAAGGAAUGGCAUUUGUUGGUAUAGCUUUUUCAUUGGGAUUUAUAGUUGGUCCAUUAAUAGGAGCAAUUUUCGCCGUUUGGGCAAAGAAAAAAGUAGGAGACUGGUUUGUAGUACCUGCAUUAUUCGCCUUAUUACUUGCUUUGGCUGACUUAAUAUUUUUCGUUGUUUAUUUCAAAGAAACACUACCUGAGGAAAAACGUGCAAAAAGUCUGAAAGCGAGUGUAAAGACUGCCUCAUCUUUUAUUAACUGGAAGGAUUUAUUUCAGUUUAACGCAGUUACUGAUUUGAAGUCGUCAGAACUGAAAGAACUGAGACGAUUAGGACGAGUUUAUUUCGUAUAUUUAUUUAUUUAUAGCGGGCUAGAAUUUACGUUAACGUUUUUAACCCAUCAUACUUUCAAUUACAAUUCAAUGCAACAAGGAUGGAUGUUCUUUAGCAUAGGAAUAACGAUGGCUUUAAUGCAAGGAGGAUACGUCAGAAGACUGCCGCCUCAGAAAAUAAAAUCAACCGCUAUUUACGGACUUUGGAUUAUAGUGCCUUCAUUUAUAUGCGUGGGACUUGCCCAAGGCCCCUUUCUGCUUUAUUUUGGACUAUUUCUUUUUGCAGUUUCUACAGCCAUGGUGGUACCCUGUAUUAUGACAAUGGCGUCUGAACACGGCAAAGAUCAUCAGAAAGGAACCGUGUUGGGUAUAUUUCGAUCUCUGGGAGCGCUAGCACGCGCUUUGGGACCAAUUUUCGCAAGUAUAGCGUUUUGGAGUGUGGGUUCCAAAGUGACGUAUCUGUCAGGCGCUCUGGGUCUACUUUGGCCCGUCUUGACGUUAACACAAAAGCUUUAAUGAACAGUAUUGUUGGCAGUAUUGUAUAAAUCAGUAUUGUUAUGUUUUAUACAAUUUAUUUUAUUCGCUUACAUCGUUACCAUUAUACCACGUUUUAUAAAUUUUUUAGAAAUAUAUUUUAUACAGA